GGCUGGCUGCGCUGGAAAAGCAGAUCGAUCAGUCUACACAAUUUAUGAACUGGAUCAUCUCAGCCUUGAUGGAGAAAGGUUUCAGCAGUAAGACGCGGAUAUUAGUCCACAGCACUUCCCACGACUCAGAAGAAAAGGCCACAGCAAGCACAGAUGGAAGUAUCGAGAAGCACUGCCUGUACCAUGUGAACUCUCGGAUCCUACAGUACCCGACUCUAAAAUGACCCGCUACCCAGUGCCAGAUGAACUGGUGCCAUGGGAGGUGGAGUUCCCAGGAUAUAAUCCUCCCCUCUACAAUGCUGAGAGGAGCGACCGUGGGACAUAUGACCCAAACACUGAGAUGGAGCAGAAAAGCCGCAAGUACAAUUUUACAGAUGGACUCUAUGACUUUCGCAGCUGGUGCGGCACCUAUACAGUCAAGGACGGUUUGCCCUUAAACCCGAUGGGACGAACUGGACUGAGAGGAGUCGGGAGUUUGCGUUGGUUUGGACCAAACCAUUCUUUGCAUCCUGUACUGACAAGGUGUAGCACCGGCUCAGCCAGCGGCCCCAAACAGAAGGCAUCCAAGAAUAUGCUGGAAGUUCUGGUAGUGAGGAGGAGAGAGAACGAGCUUUGGUCAUUACCGGGGGGCACGCUGGAUCCUGGCCAGCAGAUUCCCAUUAAGUUGCAGGCCCUACUACAGCGUACAUACUUGAGCGAGUUUCUGGCAUUGCUGGGCUCUGGGACAGAGGUCUUCCGCGGGUACCUGGAUGAUCCUCGAAACACAGACAAUGCCUGGAUAGAGACCCUUGCUGUCAACGUCCACCUGGACAAAAAAGAGAAUUUGGACAAUCUGAUACAGAACCUGAAGGAAUCAGAUGAUGACAUAACACUGCGGGUGGCAACUCCUGGACCAUAAGAUUCCCAUGUAUGCCAAUGAGAAGGAGAUUCUCCAGAGGACAGCCGAGCACCUCCAUGCCCAAUAUUAA